GGUGUUUGAGUUCGACUUUAAUGGCGUGAAAUUUGAACAACUUUUGUCCCCCUUUCCCAACUUUACUUGUUUUUCCUCUUUUAUAAUAAUCCAACGCGAAGUGUCAGCACUGCCCUUCUCUAACGUACGCUCUAGUCCUUCUUAACCAAAGCCUCCCGAGAUUCACUCCUCUGCUCUGGAAGCACGAGCAGGUCAGCUUCGCCUCUGUGCUGACGGUGGCGCCAACCGUUUGUACGAUGAAAUGCCUCUUUUGUUCCCUCUGGAAGAUGCCUCUGAUGUUCGAUGCAGAUACAAACCGGAUGUAAUUAAAGGAGAUAUGGAUUCAAUACGAACGGAAGUACUUGACUUUUACAUGAGCCUAGGAACAAAGAUUAUUGAUAAAUCUCAUGAUCAAGACACCACGGAUCUUCAUAAAUGUGUAACAUACAUUCGCGACGUUGCUCCCAAUUUGGAUAAGUCUAAUCUUUGCAUUCUUGUUGCUGGAGCACUUGGUGGACGAUUUGACCAUGAGAUGGGAAACCUAAAUGUCAUUUGUCGUUUCUCAUCCCUGCGAAUAGUCCUUUUAUCUGAUGAUAGUCUCAUCCAUCUUCUUCCAAGGACUCACCGUCAUGAGAUACAUAUUCAAACUUCUGUUGAGGGCCCACACUGUGGACUCAUCCCACUUGGGAUGCCAUCAACGAGUAGUACAACAACUGGGCUUCAGUGGGAUCUGAAUAACACAGAGAUGAGAUUUGGUGGUCUAAUAAGCACAUCGAAUAUAGUUACAGGAGAUAAAGUUAUGGUGCAAUCUGAUUCUGAUCUUCUUUGGACCAUUUCCAUUAAGAAGUUGUAGCCUCUAUAUGUGUUUUCAUGAGCAGCUUAGGCUGCAGAUUUCACAUUUUGUAAACCUAGGAUCACUUUGCUCCCUUCUGAUUCUUAUGCCUAUAAUAUAUCUGGAUUGUUUCUAGGUUGGGACAAUGUUCAAAUAAAAACCGUACCAUGACACCACUCAUUAUCUCCUUUAUGAUUCUUUUGCAGUAUUAUUCUACCAUACCAUUGUAAAUUUAGAGGUCCAGUUAGAAAUACGAAGAUCUUAUAUCCAAGUGUUGGUCACUUAUUUGUAAGCUUCAGUUUGGUUCUAUAUUAUUUAUUUAUGAAUGGUUGGGUUGUUGAUGAUGAUGGUGUACGUCAUUUCGAAAGGUUGUUGGCCAGGCAGCAGUGAUGAAAAG